CAUCUCCCCAAAUCCUCGGAAAUUAAUAAAAAAAGAUAAAACAUGUGCUUCUUUAAGUUAGAAAAUUUAAAUACCAAGGGAAGACGCAACUCUUGGUCGAGAGUUUCAUGAAGUGGAUUUUUCUUAAAAUCUGUAAAAGACAAUCGAUGAUCGAUCUGGAUUGAUUGAUGAAAUUCUGGAUUAUACGGAAGGUCAAGAGAUGUUAAUCGGGAAUUGAAGGGAUGGAGCUGUUUAUUUAUUUAUGCGAGAAAAAGGACCGACUCCGGUUUUAUUAUUUACGGGAUUUGGUUAGAAAUCCUCUGCAGGAUUUUUUUAUUCUCCGAAUUUGGAAGUGAUCUCGGCUCGAGUGUCAAAUGGAAUUUGGUUAACUUUUUGAGAAAUAUGUUGGCGAAUGUCGGGAUUCUUGUGGGAGCGAUUUGUAGCGCUUAUGCGUUAAAUGAAAUUGCUUGUAAUAAAAAUCAUACUCUUAUGGACUCGCCUGGAGAUGCUGUUAUCAGUGUGUUUAUCGACACAAAUUACGGACCUUUUUGCAACUUAUCAUCGCCAAAUGGUUUUCAAGGAGCGUCGACAGCUUUAUUUGUCAUUCAGGCUUUAAACAAGUACGAUUACGUUCCUGGUCUAGUUCUGGGAAUAAAAGUCUACGAUACAUGUCAUGACGACACAUCGGUCUACAAACAAGCUUUACUGGCCGCAGUGGAUUUGGAUUGCGUUACGCAUUACGAUUUAGGGAUCCUUGUCCCAGAGAGCUACAAAUCGAUCCUGGAACCGCUAAAUAAUUUCGACAUCCUAUCGAUCUCCACCUACAAGGAGUACAAUCUCUCGAGACCGCUGAUAGACGCCAUGGUCGACUUUAUCAGCACGAAAUUCGAAACCGUCGAUCUGGUCCUCUCCUCUUCCGAGUUCCUCCUGGAGCAUUUUUUAGAGUCCAGUAAAAAUGAAGGAGUCUGCGUAAAGGCACACUCCAAUAUCGCAGAUUUGGACAAUAAGACGAACCCCAUUAUCGUGGCUAUGGGGAAUAGGGAAAGAAUCCAUGUAUGGUUCCAGGAUGCUGAGAAGAUCGAGGGGUCCAGAGGCACGUGGGUCGUCCUGCCCCUCGAGGACGCCUAUGUCGAUGAUCUCCUCCCAGUCGGGUCGUACAUCCUGAAGAAGGACAAGUUCGGCUUCGACUUGCUCCGAGAAUUCCGUUCGGUGGACGACUUCUUGCAAACAGCUGGCCAAUUUGCCAUGCAUUCGCCUUAUCUCCUCAGUAUCGGACGAGCCAUUGUGGAGAUAGCACAGACUCUUCAGGAACUCCAGAAACGAAUUUGUCCUCAUGGGCAGGCUUGUGCUUUACCGAGGUUCAGCUCAAAGCUGAAGAGCGAGCUGGGAAUCCCCGAAGUCUACGAGGCCCUCCAUAUCCUACCAAACGCCCACGCGGUACACUACUCGGUGGGCAGGAAAAUGGGCCCGGAGACGUUCUCCAGGGUGGAGGGUUACCGGAUAGAGCCGACGAAACUUCGAGUCUCCUCCGAAGGGAACAGUUCGAAAAUGCCGAAUCUCUGCCUGAAGAAGUUGGCGAAGAGUUGCCGGAAGUGCCGGAAUUUCGAGAGGAUCCUGAGCCCCAGGAGCGGCGAGGGGAGGGUCCUGAAACAGAGGGGCACCCUGAAGCCUGGAAGCUGGAUACCGAUUUAUCUCACCAUGGUCGUCUGCGGGACCUUCGCCUGCGUGGUCAUCCUGGCGUUUGUUCUCUUCAGGUUCUUCCUGGACGAAGUGCUGGAUGGGAAUCCUAGUCUGACGGUGAUCCUGAUCCUCGCCACGAUGUUCACCCUGACGAGCGUGAUACCAUUCUGCAUGGAGGACGAAACCGUGGGUCAGGAGAACCUCAACUCCAGGAAGAUCUUCGUCUCGACCUUGUCCUUCGGCUUCGUCUUCUCCGUGAUGCUGUCCAGGGCGCUUUUCCUCGCAUUUUCUACAGGAGGAGUAUUCACAGCUCACAUUAAUGGGUAUCUCCAGGGUCUCAUGGUGUUCUUCGUGGCCGGUGUCCAAAUUUCCAUCUCCACGACGUACUUCGCGAUGAAGGAGGUCGGGUCUCAGGACGUCGCCAGGAGUCUCACCUUCAUCGCUCUUCUGGGGUACGACAUAUUCCUCCUAGUGAUGCUCUUCGUCGUCUGCUGCUUCAUCACCCAGAUCCAGAGGAACUAUCGAGAAGGAAAGUGCUUCUUUGCCACGGUCAUCGGUUUGUCCAUUGUCUGGGCAAUUUGGAUAACAUGUUUCGUCCUGGUGGAACCGGAAGCCAGGGACACGGUGGUUUCUGUCGGCACCAUCGCGACAGGAUACAUCGUCAUCAUCGGCGUCCUGAUCCCCAGGACUUAUUACAUGGUCAGGCAUCUGGCUAGGGAAAAGGACAUCUCCCAAAGGAUGAAGACCGUCGACGUGGGGCUCGAUCCUAGAAUUAAUACCUUGGCCAGACAGUCGCGACAGGCACUUUACGACCACAUCCACACUGCUGGGGGGAUAGGCAGUACAUCCACUCUUCAUCCAUCAAGGUGCCUUGAUUUCUAUGGAACUUCAAGUCCCAAUCCAAGGAUCCCAAGUUCUGGAAGAAGUCCUCGAAUUAAUCGACAAGGAGCCAGGGGAUGCAAGAAUUACGGAUUCGACACCGAGAUGCGAGAAAUCGAGACCUCUUAUCUGAAUUCGCGAGCCCUUCAGGAUACAGAGGUCCAAGGCAGGUCCAGAGUAGAUAUGAGGCACUCUAAGCACCUCGAAAAGCCCAGGAUCGUCUUCGGGGACGAAGGGUGUAUGGAAACCGAUGUCUAUGUGGAAGAGAGGUUGUCUCCAAACAGAAGAGGACCUAACGAACCUUAUCCUUCGCGUUGUUCAAGUCCAAGGUUGAGCCAAACCGAGGAGACCAUACGAGAAGAGGACGAAGAAGUGGAGAUCAACAGAGUCACUCGGUUUUAGAUUAAAUUUCAAGCCAUUAAACGUGAAGAAGG